CUGAGCUCUCUCCUCUCCUCCCCAGAAGGAGCCGGGCUGGCGAGAGGCUGCAGGGGCGCGGGACGCCGGGGCCGUGCUCUGCAGGAACAAACACGCUCUGGAAUUUAAUUUCUGCCCUCACAAGCAGCUUGCUUCCCACCCCGUGGGGCCGGCCAGCCAGCCAGCCAGCGCUCGGAGCAGCCAAAAAGCUCGUUUCACAGAAAGAAGGCUGAGGGAGAAACCCAAGUGCCGACCCUGCGUGGCAUCGGGGAGAGCGUUUUCUAAAGCAUCCGAAGCAUCCGUACCCCACCGACAAAACUCCAACACCAUGAUCCGCAGCCGUGAACAAGGCAGAAAGUUCUACAACAGCUUCAUCGAACUGAGGGAGCAAAGGGAGCUAAGCAAGCUUUGGGAUGACCUCAUCUGCCACAAAUUAUAUGGGUUUUGACUUUUGAAGCCUGGCUAUGUGAUUACAAACACCACUGGGAAGAGAGGAGCGACCUCCUGGUGAUCACUGCUGGAGAUGUACUCCCCUGCCACAGAGAUUAUGUUUCUCCUCUGAAGCUUUACCCUGCAACAAACUUACUAAAGCACAGGGUUCAAACACAUCUGCAAGUUCUUCUGGAAUUUAAAAAAAGUUGCGAUAAAAAUACUAGAGAAACCUCCAAAUCACAGGACUUUUUAAAUAUACCAUUAUAAUGGUAAGCUCUAAUUGCUCCACUGAGGACUCCUUUAAAUAUACUUUAUAUGGAUGUAUCUUUAGCAUGGUGUUUGUUCUUGGCCUCAUAGCAAACUGUGUUGCUAUCUACAUUUUUAUUUGUACUUUAAAAGUGCGAAAUGAAACUACAACUUACAUGCUGAAUUUAGCAAUAUCAGAUCUGCUUUUUGUGUUUACAUUACCCUUCAGGAUUUAUUACUUUGUAGCGAGAAACUGGCCUUUUGGAGACAUUCUUUGCAAGAUUUCUGUCACCCUCUUUUAUACAAAUAUGUACGGGAGCAUUUUAUUUCUGACUUGCAUAAGUGUAGAUCGCUUUUUGGCUAUAGUACACCCUUUUCGAUCGAAGACUCUCCGAACCAAAAGGAAUGCAAAAAUCGUCUGCGCUGCAGUAUGGAUAACAGUGUUAGCAGGCAGCACACCAGCAAGCUUUUUCCAGUCUACAAACCGCCGCAAUAAUACUGAACAAAGAACAUGUUUUGAAAACUUUUCAGAGGACACAUGGAAAACCUACCUAUCUCGAAUUGUUAUCUUCAUUGAAAUAGUUGGGUUUUUUAUUCCACUCAUCUUGAACGUGACCUGCUCCACCAUGGUCUUACGGACUUUGAAUAAACCUCUUACAUUAAGUCGGAAUAAAUUAAGCAAGAAAAAGGUACUCAAAAUGAUUUUUGUCCAUUUGGUGAUAUUCUGCUUCUGCUUUGUGCCUUAUAACAUUACCUUAAUACUUUACUCCCUUAUGAGAACACAGACCUGGAUUAACUGUUCAGUGGUAACUGCAGUCAGGACUAUGUACCCCGUCACUCUGUGCAUUGCCGUUUCAAACUGCUGUUUUGACCCUAUAGUCUACUAUUUUACAUCAGAUACAAUUCAAAAUUCCAUAAAAAAGAACCGGACCACUAGGCCACGGGACAUCAGAUUCUCUGAAAGGCCAGUUUCUGAAAACUUCAUUCAACACAGCCUUCAGACCAUAAAGAUGAAAAUAUUUGACAGUGACUCUACAAUAUAAACUGUAUUAAAAGACUACUGGGACUAAACUGGAAUUAGAAGCCUGCACAUUUCUUCAGCCGUGGAAAUAUGUUCUGAUAUGUAAAUGUUACGCUUCCUUCACAUCAGAAAAGUUUACGAGUGUAAAAGUGUUAGGCAUAACAGUACACAGAAAAAGUGUUUUAAGAAUUUAUGUCAAAUGUCUUUUCUGACAGGUUGUAUGUUAAAAAUGAACUUUCGGGGUUGGAAUAGAUUAACCAAAGUCUAAAGACUGUCUAUCAAAUCAAACAUAGAUGAAAAAGUAGGUGGUUUUUUUUCUAAAGUUAAAACAACUGCUAAUUUGUAAUAAUGAUGUCUGUUUCCAAGUUACUGAGGAUGGGGGUGAAACUACCCGGUUUACACUGCAGGUUCCAGCUGCUGAGGAAAACAGCACCACUUCGUUCAUACCGCCUCAGCUACUGUGCCUGCUCCGGAGUUUCCUCUGUCUUACCCUUCCCUCCUGUCUUUUCUCCUUGCAGCUUCCUUCUUAGGAACUAUUACGUUCAUAUGAGGCUUUGAUGACUGGGCUACACAACUUCAUUUCUCCCAGGUUUAUCUGAUAAAAUACAUUUUCUCUGCACAAGCCUGGCCCCCAUAAAGCAAUUAAAUCUUCUGGUAGUUGAGGGCAUCUGCAAACAACUCAGACAAACUGGUUUUUCUUCUCACCUCUGUCUCAGAUGUCUGUGUAAUUAUAACCAAAUAACCUUUGAUGACUGAAGUUAGUGCUUUAGGUACAGUAACACUUUAUUAAACUCUUUUGUGAGAAGCUCUUCGACUCAGCACAACUUCUGAGCAAAAUAACAUCCUCCAAAUAAGGGAAUUCAAUCUCAAAGUGGUAGUUUCUUAGAAAAACGUGACCUUCGCUAACUAUCAAUGAGCAUCUGUAUCAACCCAAUUAAUUCUAGGAAACUCUUUUAUGUCCCAUAAACAAAUUAAAGACAUGGUAAUUUUUAGAAUGAAACUUCCUCUCAAGUCUUUGUGUCCUAGAAACAUUUUUAACAUGAGCAUUGAAAAUUUCAAAUGCUAUUUUCUUGCAAACUUUAUAAGGUAUUAAAAAUAAACUACCUGGGGCUAUGUGGUGGCAAAAUCAAUCAAGACACUUGGAAAAGUCAAAGCCAUGUAAAAGGAACAAUCUACGUACAUUACUGUUACAAACCAGAAUAUAUAGAGAAAAGUGCUUUAAAACGUCCUGCUAUGUAUGUUUCCCAGCUAUUAGAACACUGUGUACAUUUUCCUCAAAAUUAACAUUACAGCAAAAUAAAAUAAAUAUUUAAAGGGUAAAA